AUGAAGCGGUGUGCUCCUCGCGCGCUCCGCUCUCUCACCUGCCUGGCAGCGUGCCUCCCGGGACCACACGCGCUCGGCGUCUCCAACGGCUCGUCGCUGCACGAGCUUCUCGCGCUCGCGGAGGCCGGCUCGAACGGCUCGAGCUUGUACGCGCUGGAUGACGGCGCGCUCGCGGACUGGCGCUCGCUGGCGUGGCGGAAGCGCGAGGGCGCGGAGAGGGAGCACGCGGCGGUCCGGGCGCUGCUCAUCUUCAGCUACUCGGUGAUCAUCGUCGUGUCGCUGUUCGGUAACGUGCUCGUGUGCCACGUGGUGAUGAAAAACAAGCGCUCGCGCUCCGCCACAAGCCUCUUCAUCGCCAACCUGGCCGUGGCGGACAUCUUCAUCACCCUGCUGAACACACCGUUCACCCUGGUGCGCUUUGUGAACAGUACGUGGGUUUUCGGCAGAGGGAUGUGCCACAUCAGCCGCUUUGUGCAGUAUUGUUCUCUGCAUGUGUCCACACUCACACUCACAGCCAUCGCGCUGGACAGACGACAGGUGAUCCUGUAUCCUCUGAAGCCGAGGAUGUGCACCGGUCAGGGUGCUGUGUGUAUCGUCUUCAUUUGGCUCAUGGCGAGUUGUUUCUCGCUGCCACACGCCAUCUUCCAGAAACUCUUCACCUUUGUCUACAGUAAGGACAUCGUUCGCUCUCUGUGUGUGCCGGAUUUUCCUGACCCGUCUGAACUGUACCAUCAGUACCUGGACUUGGCGACCUUCAUCCUGCUGUACAUGUUGCCGCUCCUCAUCAUCACGGCAGCGUACUCGGCCGUGGCGCGUCGUCUGUGGCGCCGUAACGCCAUCGGUGACGUCACCAGUGAGCAGUACUUCCUCCAGCGCAGGAAGAGGAAGCGGACCAUCAAGAUGCUGGUGCUGGUGGUGCUGGUGUUCGCCGUGUGCUGGUUCCCGUUGAACUGCUACGUGGUUCUGCUGUCGAGUCACGCCAUCCACUCCAACAACGCCGUGUACUUCAGCUUCCACUGGCUGGCCAUGAGCUCCACCUGCUACAACCCCUUCAUCUACUGCUGGCUCAACCAGAGCUUCAGGGCUGAGCUCACCUACCUACUGAGCAUGUGCAGGAAAGGGCGAGCCAGGGGGCGGACCAGCAGCGGGCGAGGGGAGGAGCCAGACCAGAGACCUCUGCCGCUUAACAGCUGUCACAGAGCGGCCUGGCCGGAAAGCCACGCCUCCUCCCAACCGUCUGAUCACAAAGAGAGCCACGCCCUCAGGACCACCUCUCUCGGCCAAUCAGGGAAGACCGAUAUCCUGUCCGUGGAGCCGAUCGUCACCGUCGGCUGA